AUGUCUUCUUCACAACGCACAUCGCCCUCGCCGCCGCGGAGGGCACUCCACGAGCGAACACCGUCGCAAUCGAACAUGGCCUCGGCAGCGUCACCCGCCCAAUCGCUCCGCCUUGUAAACGAACCGAGGGGCCUGGAUAUCUACUCGGCCACGCCGUUUCCCACAAAACCUGAACACAUUCUACUGCCGCGCCCCGGAAAGGGUCAGGAAUUCGUGACCGACUCAUCUAGCUACGGCGUUGCGGACUCAUACGACGUUUCCACGGUCACCUUCUCGGAAACCAGUCAGCUCGUAGACGACAGUCUCAUCGAACGCUCCUUCAAUGAUACAUGGGAUUCUUCAACCGUCGAUGCGGUAAACACCCCUUCCCAGGUGUGGGAGGAGGAUCCCUCAUCUAGCCGCUCAACAUUCCCGGAUACCGAGGUGCUGGAGAAGCCAUUCGACAGAGAGGAGUCUGAGGAAGUCUCGGAUGCUGCGUUCUCGGACGAUGGGAUGCCUCCGCUGCCGACAGUGACCCCAACAAUCAAGGCAGUUGUGUCCGAACCAGGAUCGCCCGAUUUGAGUUCCGACGAAACCGCAGGUCCGGCAACGCGUGCAUCCAGCAAUGGCAGUCCCAAUGUGGUGACCAUCGGGCCCCCGUCCAGCCCCAAUUUCGUGGCCCUUGACAGCUCAAGUUUGAACUUUGUCCGCAUUGGCAACUCAUCGUCGAAUCCAAGCUCGACCACCCGCUCCAACUCUCUCUCGUCCAUGAACUCUUUAGGGACUGUAGUAAGACAUCCAGGUGCCGCCCAGUGGGCCCGCAGCGCCUCAUCGGAACAAUCGAGCUCGCGUUCACAAUCCUUUCGGUCAACACCUCCCCACACGCGACCAUUACCGGUGCAUCCAAAUGCAGCCUUUGCGCUGAAUUCCCGGGAGACCAGCCGCACGCGCUCCGCCACGGACUCCUCACAGGGAGAUCUGUCGACCUCAGAUAUGCAAACCAUCAUCGACAGCGGCGUGCCCGUCCAGUAUCCGAUCAUCCGGGCUCCAUCCUCGUCCAGUUCCUGGGUCGAUACAUCUAAUGUCGAAUCGUCAUCACCGGUUGAAUAUGUUCCUGAUGAAUCGUCAGGCCGCUGGAACCCUCACCUGUCCACCGUACCAUCGCAGUGGUCGGCCGAAGCUGAAUCGCGUUCAGUAUCCCCCGCAGUCGAUCGCUCCGAGAGUAGACUCUCCGUUCCGUCCAGGCCGAGUGCGGCUCUGCUCAGUCAAAACACCUCCUCCUCCGUCUGGCUCGUUACCGAUGACGAGCAUCUCGACAGCCUUUCCGGCCUUCGGUCCGAUGUCCUGAGUGAAAAAAAUCCGGGCCUGCCAACUAGUCUUUCUUCCGGGUCGAGGCGAAGCACUGCUCCCAGCAUUAGACGUCCCGGAACCAGCUCGAGCUUCAUUUUCAAUGUUAUUCCCGCCUGGGCGAAAUACUAUUACCGCAGCGAUGGCCGCCCCGCGAACCCGACCCUAGCGAUGAUCGAUGGCCGCCCGUCAACUGCACGACCCUCCACCGCAAACUCCAGUAUCCUCGGACACAUUCCGACGGCUCUGAGUAAGGCACGAAUGCAACCUAGGGUUGUCAGCGAUCCCCGGGAUCCCCGAAGUCACUGGGUUCCUGACCCUGACGCCGAGACGGACUACCGUCCUGAUACUUCCUAUAGCCAAUUACAACAGAGCUGGUCGCCGCAUCUCUAUCCCGAUCGACAACAAGCGCAAUAUCGGGGUAGUCUCUGGGGUGCUCCCUCACUGGACUCUCGGACAGAGCCCAUGUUUGGCCGUCGCAACGUUCAGGUGUACUCGUUCUGCUUUGGCUUCAUCUUUCCUCUUGCCUGGCUCAUUGCCGCAUUCCUCCCUCUUCCUCACCGUGCCAAGUCAAUAGAGGAUAGUUUGAGCAGUCCAGAGAUUGAGACGGCUCUUCGAAUGCGUGUAUUUGAUAUCGACGAGAAGCGCUACGCCAAUGCUCGAUGGUGGAGGAAUCUUAACCGAUGGAUGACUCCUCUUGGGGUAGCCAUUAUUAUCAUUAUUAUUACACUCGCCGUCGUAGGCACAAGGUCAGGUCUGUAA